AUGUUCGGGGCGACUCGGCGCUGGCUGCGGCGCAACCGGGCGCCCAUCGCCAUCGGGCUGGGCGUGGUCGGCGCCGGCUGGGCGGCGACGCACUACGUGCUGGGCAAGAUCAACGACGCGCGCGAGCGCAUGAGCAGCGACCGCAUCGCCAAGGAGAACCUGCGGCGGCGCUUCGAGCAGAACCAGGAGGACUGCACCUUCACGGUGCUGGCGCUGCUGCCCACGGCGACGACCAACAUCCUCGAGGCCAUGAACACGGAGAAGAUCACGUACGAGAUCCAGCAGAUGAAGGGCGGCGCGGCCGGCGCGGCGGCGGCGAGGAGCGUCAAGAGCGGCAGCGGCGACUCGAUGAGCCUGGCCGAGACGAACUUCACGGACGAGGACGGCAGGAGCAUGGUCAGCAUGCAGAGCGAGAGCGGCGUGCAUGCGAGCCAGAUGGCGCUGCCGAGCGCCGCGGCGGCCGAGGCUGGACAGGAGGCGGCGAAGCGCAAGACCAAGAGGCAGUUGUGGGAUGACUUGACGAUUAGCUCUAUCACGAGGGCGUAUACUCUGAUAUACACGCUAGCGCUGUUGACGAUGCUGACACGGGUGCAACUGAACCUGCUCGGCCGGAGGAGCUAUCUAUCCAGCGUAGUAUCGCUGGCUACGGGCAGCGCGCAAGCGACAAUCAGCCUAGAGAACAACGACGACGAUAACCCGAAUCAAGCAUAUGGGGACGACUUCGAGACGAACAGGAAAUAUCUCACGUUUAGCUGGUGGCUGCUCAACAAGGGGUGGGUGGACGUCAUGCAACGAGUAGAGAACGCUGUGCGGGAGGUUUUCGGUUCAUUAAGCCCACGGGAUCAACUGUCUUUUGAGGCUUUCUCCGAGCUGACAAGCAAAGUGCGAAAGCUAGUAGAAGGCGGCGGCCCAUCCCAGGAGCGUACAACGUGGCUAGCUUUCCUACUCCCUCCCACAGACAUGGAGGAGUAUGUUCUGAAGGAGUCUGGCAUAUUGGAUGAUAGCGCCACCCUGCAGACACAAACUGCACCGGCACCAUCGUCCGCUGGGUCAACAUCGUCCCUGCGACGGCUCUUAGAUGAGACAGCUGACCUGACUGAGUCGCCGGCCUUCUCACAGGUUCUUACACUCGUCCUCGAUGCCGGCUUCUCCAAGCUUCUAGAUCAAAAGCUCGCUUUCGGGGCGUUCGAGCUACCUCCGCCCCCUGUCGGGGGCCCCAGCCCCGAGCUUCAGAGAUUAAAGAGCAGCAAGACAGUGCUUCUACCUAAGAUCCUGUCUAUCCUAACACGGCAGGCACACUCCAUUGGCAACGGCAUGCCGAACGAGUAUCUGCAGGAGAUGGACCAGGUUCGAGAGGUGGAGGCUUUUGCGGCGGUGGUGUAUUCGAGCAACUGGGAGAAUGAGAUCAGGGACGAGACGCUCAUGGCAGAGGCAGGACAUGUCACAGCAACAGCUACGCCCGCAACAAGCGUGAGGCAGUCCCAGAUUUCGACGGCAGAUGAGAGUCUGGUGCUUGUUGAUCCUCAAGCAUCUUUCGAAAGUGCCUGGGAAAAGGCGGUAGAGAAAAACACAUAG